CCGCCCCCCCCCGCCCGCGGGUGGCAAGUUCAGGCCCGGGGUCCGAGCCUGCGCCCCUGCAGCUGCCGCCGCCGCCGCCAGGGGGAGCGAGUCCCCGUCGGGAAACGUGGUGCUGCUUCCCCGGUGAGAAGGUGGUUUCACACUUUGGCUUUCUCUUCCUUUUCCCGCGUGUUUAAAGAGCGGAGAGAAAAAUGGAAACCGAGGCCGGGGCGCAAACGUCAAAUCAGAUGCAAACAGAUUCAUUAUCUCCAUCCCCUAAUCCGGUGUCACCUGUGCCUUUGAAUAAUCCAGCAAGUGCCCCAAGAUAUGGAACAGUGAUCCCUAAUCGCAUCUUUGUAGGAGGAAUUGACUUUAAGACCAAUGAAAAUGAUUUAAGAAAGUUUUUUUCCCAGUAUGGCUCGGUAAAAGAAGUGAAGAUUGUAAAUGACAGAGCUGGAGUACCUAAAGGGUAUGGUUUCGUCACUUUUGAAACAGAAGAAGAUGCACAAAAAAUUUUACAAGAGGCUGAAAAACUUAAUUAUAAGGAUAAGAAACUGAACAUUGGCCCAGCAAUAAGAAAACAACAAGUAGGGAUCCCUCGUUCUAGUAUAAUGCCAGCAGCUGGAACAAUGUAUCUAACAACUUCAACUGGAUAUCCUUAUACUUACCAUAAUGGUGUUGCUUAUUUUCAUACUCCAGAGGUAACUUCUGUCCCACCACCUUGGCCAUCACGUUCUAUGUCUAGCUCCCCUGUGAUGGUAACUCAGCCCAUUUAUCAGCAACCUGCAUAUCACUACCAGGUAAACACAAAUUACAUUAAAAUUCUCUAUGAUUGUCCAGGACAAUGGCAGUGGGGUGUUCAGUAUCAGUCUUCUUGCUCUUCUGCUCCAUUCUUAUAUCUGCAACCUUCUGAGGUUAUUUAUCAACCAGUGGAAAUUACACAAGAUGGUGGAUGUGUUCCUCCUCCCCUGUCUCUGAUGGAAGCCUCAGUUCCAGAGCCUUAUUCUGAUCAUGGAGUUCAAGCAACAUAUCACCAGGUUUAUGCUCCAAGUGCCAUUGCUAUGCCUGCACCUGUGAUGCAGCCUGAACCAAUUAAAACAGUGUGGAGCAUUCAUUAUUAAGACAAUUGGGCAGCUCUAGUCCAGCUCAACUGAUUUCUUAUCCAAUGAUCCUUGUGUGGCCAAGAUCCAGCUUCAACAAACCGGCUAGGAGCUGCCCAUUGUGAAACUUAGGGUUAGUUAAUACCUCACCAUACUUAUUUGUUUCAUUAUAAGCUGUCUAAAUUUGAUGAAAUUUACUUUUUCAGCUGUUACUCCAAAAUUAUUUAGGUAGAUGUGGCAUGUUGGGUUUUUUAAUGUGCUAAUCUAACUGUACCGACCUUUUCUACAAUAUGUUUUACCCAUUCCAUUAAUAAUAACCACAUUGGGAAUAGU